CGUUUAUAUAUAUAUGGACACUUCACAAAUACCAUGACUUUUCCUAGUUGAAUCUCUCUCUUUUUCUCUAAAUUUACGCGCGAACAAGAGAAGAUGAAGAACAACAGAAGCGGUGGGGGAAAAGUAUCACCGAAGUGGAUUGUCAUUUUCAGCAUCUUCAGCUUCGUCUUUGGGAUGCUCUUUACAAGCAGGGUCUGGGCUCCUGUUGAAUCCGAUGGAAGGAUUAUGAGACGGAAAGAACAAGAUAUGAGUUUUGUUGCUGAUGAUUGCAUAACGAACAAGGAUAAUGAUUUAAUGAGAGAAGUUCACAAAACCCAAGAAGCAAUCCAGUCACUUGGAAACUCAAUUUCAGAGCUGAGAUUGGAGCUUCCUGGCAAUCAAAGUUCAUCUGAGGAAGUGGAUCAUGAUGAGAUGCAGGCUAACAAUACGGCUGCGGACAAUAGCAGGAGAAGGAAGAAAGUGUUUAUGGUUAUUGGGAUUAACACUGCUUUUAGUAGCAGAAGGAGACGUGAUUCGAUUAGAGAAACAUGGAUGCCUAGGGGUGAAAAGCUAAUUCAGCUUGAGAAGGAAAAGGGUAUUGUUGUCCGUUUCAUGAUCGGUCACAGCGCGACUUCUAAGAGUAUUCUAGAUCGAGCCAUUGACUCUGAGGAAGCCCAACAUAAAGAUUUCUUUAGGCUUGAACAUGUUGAAGGGUAUCAUGAGUUGACUGCUAAAACACGGAUAUUUUUUUCUACUGCAUUUGCUAUAUGGGAUGCAAAGUUCUACGUCAAGGUGGAUGAUGAUGUUCAUGUCAAUCUUGGCAUGUUAGCUACAACUCUUGGACGACAUCAAUCAAAACCGCGGAUCUAUACAGGAUGUAUGAAAUCUGGACCUGUUCUCGCCCAAAAGAAUGUCAAAUACCAUGAACCUGAAUACUGGAAGUUUGGAGAGGAAGGAAACAAAUAUUUUCGGCAUGCAACCGGACAGAUUUAUGCUAUCUCAAACGACCUUGCUGCAUACAUCUCCACCAACCAGCCCAUUUUGCACAAGUAUGCAAAUGAAGAUGUGUCACUUGGUGCUUGGUUCAUUGGUCUUGACGUCGAGCACAUCGAUGAUCGCAACAUGUGUUGUGGGACCCCUCCUGAUUGCGAGUGGAAGGCAGAAGCUGGCAAUGUGUGCAUUGCAUCAUUCGAUUGGAGCUGCAGUGGCAUCUGUAGAUCAGUCGAAAGACUCAAAGAUGUCCACAAGAGAUGUGGUGAAGAUUCUGCAGCUCUGUGGAGUGCACAAUAUUGAAAUCCAGCCAAAAAUAUCGAGUGAUUGAGCUCAUAUGAUAGAAGUCGGCUUUUCUGUCUUUAUGUUAUGUGCCAAAAUAUCACCAUACAAAUAUACCAUACGUGUUGCAGAAAUAGAAUCAAUUUUUUUAUCAGGUCAGUGUUCGACAACACGUUCACUAGUUGUAUCUAAAUCGUUAUAUAUAUAAUGCAAGAUGUAGGAGCAAUAUUUGUAACA